AGCGGCCCGUGCUGCCCGCCGGCGCCCCCACACCGCCCGCCCGCGGCCGCCGCGCGCCCCCCCCUUUGGCCGGCGGUGCUCCCCGGGGUGUGCACCAUGGCGGAAUGGGUGGCCCAGGUCAAGGAGAUGCAGCGGCAAGACCCAGUAGCCAAGGAGCAGUGGUAUGCCUACUGCGAGUCCUUCGGGAACAACAUUCGCGACCCUGCCAAGCAUGAUCCUUCGUUCAUCCAGAGCUUCAUCUCGCAGUACCAGCAAGGGGCACGCCUGGAGUAUAAGGAGGGUCAAGAGUUCGUCAAGAUGAUCAAGCUUGGGCAGAAGAAGUCGCAAGCUUGGAAGGGCGUCUGGGAGGCAUACUGCGACACCAGAAAGGGCGCAGACGGCAAGUCCACGUACGACCCCGCGAAGCACGACAUCGGCUUCCUGGAGG